CUUAGGGUUUUUGGUGGUUUUGACUCUUGAAGAGAGAGAAAUAGCUAUGGGUUAUAGAGAGGAACCUAGGGUUCCCUUGAAAAGAGGAAGGAAAGAAGAAGAAGGGGAGCCAUCUUGAAUAUUGAAGGCUAGCCACCAGAUAGUGUUCACGAAGACAAUGGUUCCCUCCUCUUCUUCUAUGGGGUAAUCCCCUUUGGGCUUGGGGUAAGAACCCUUAAACCUUUACAUGGAUGUUAGGGUUUUUAUAUGAGUAUAUGAAUUCUCUCCCACUAUUAAUGGUCAAAUUGAUAUUUUAUUAUGCCAUUACAUGGAUAUUUUAUUAUGCCUAGGUUGAGGUGACCAUCCCCUUAGGUCAAGCCAUAAACAUUUAUCAAUCGAGACACGAUUUGAACUUGACCAUUGAGUUGAAGUUGUGUUUGUCCUUGGGUUUACCCUCGUAGGAACCAAGUCUUACCACCCUAGCGUUGUUGGUUGCAUGACCAUUGAGCCGAGAAGCCUACUAGGAGGGCUCUAGGAGACAUGACCAUUGCCCCUGUAACGAUAUAAGAUGAAUUUGACAUCAUAAAUGGAAAUAACAUCACUUUUGUAAUCAAGCCCGAGUCUUUCUAGGGUUAGGGGGAAGCUAGCCCCAAGUACCUCUCCUAUACUCAAACCAAAACACCCGGUAGUUGCUCUAGUAGUUUAAAACACCCCAAAUUAUCAUUUAGGUUAAAUAGUAAAUUAGUCAUGAAGUAGUAGUAGAUCCAUGGCCUCAUGGAAUACGACCGAGCCGCUUUACUUCAUCCAUAAUAUUGUUAGGAUAGAAGUGAGUGUUCAUCGUACAAAUUUAAAACUCAUCAUGCAUGUAGUGUCUAGAUAGGGCAGCAAGCCCGCACGCGUGCAAAACACCUCGAUGUAGCUUACUGCUAUUUUUAGUUUAUUUAUUCAUUCAAUUUUUUAGUGUUUUUAAAUUCAACGAAUUCAUUUCAAAGCAAUUUCACUAGGGUUAAUUGUAUGGUUGGUCACUGAAAUUACAAAAAACGUUCAUGUUUGGUCACUGGAAAUAUUUAAAUCCAAUCUUGGUCACUCAAAUUAGUUAAAUGGUUCAAGUUUGGUCACUCUCCGUCCAUUUCCGUUAACUCUAGCUUACGUGGCAGUCAACUUUCAUAGUUGACCAUUAAAUAUGUGAUGUGGCAAUAAAAAAAAUUAUUAAAAAUAAAAAACCUAAUUUCUUUUUUACACACCUCAAUACCCUACCCAACCCAACCUCACCACCACCAGAACACAACCUCCGCCCGGCAGCGGCAUUCCUUCCGCCGACGAAAUGAAGCGCCCAAUACACUUGCCUCCAUGGGAGCUACUCAUGCUUCUCCCUCGAUUGUGUGAACAGACCCGGAGCCCGAUUGAUCCAGGCCGCCGCGGAUCUGACCAUCUCCGAUAUCGUGUUUCCGACCUACGUCCAUCGUCGUCGUCCAAUCGUUCUUCGACCAUAACCGAGCGAUCAACCACAACAGCCACACCAUUUCCCUCGUGAAAAUUCAAGUCACCGAGCUCGUUGACGGAUUUUUCGUCAGGUUCUCCUUCAAUCACGCCGUCAGUGAUGGGACAUAGUUCUGGAAUUUCCUCACCGCCUUAUCUGAAACGUUUCAGGAAAAAACCCCAAUCUCCCGUCCUUCGAUGAACAAACGGUGGUUCUUUGAAGGCCACGGCCCGAUAAUCCCUCUUCCGUCAGAUCAAAUCCCUAGCCGCUACGAAUCGCCAGAGCUCCUCGAGUGCUUCUUCCACUUCUCGGCCGAAUCGAUUGCUAAAAUCAAAUCGAAAAGCAACUGCCAAUUCCAGACCACCAAGAUCUCGUCGUUCCAAUCCCUAUCCUCAUUGGUCUGGCGACGCAUAACCCGCGCUCGAAAUUUCCCUCCGGAAAAGAUCACCGGGUGCCGUCUCGCGAACAACAACAGGGGAAGGAUGAAUCCUCCCAAUCUUGACUACUUCGGGAACUCGAUUAAUCUGAUGAGGACCUCCGCCCCGGCGGGGGAGCUACUGGGGAACGAUUUGGGGUGGGCGGCAUGGCGACUGCAAGAGGCGGUGGUGGGGCACAGCGAUGAGAAUAUCAGGGGGAUUUUGUCGUCGUGGUUGGAGCCGCCGGUGGUUUACCGGAUGGGUAAAGUGUUCGAUACGGUUAGUGUGAUGAUGGGGAGCUCGCCGAACCUGGAAGGAAUGUCACUGCCUGGCCGGAGGUUGUGUUCCGGUGGUGGUGAUGUUUGGUCAAGUAGGGUAUUGGGGGUGUUAAAAAAAGAAAUUUGAUUUUUUAUUUUUUUAUUUUUUAAUGAAUGUAAUAAUGAGGU